AGAAAGCAACUCAAGUAGAACUUAAUGCACAGAUCACAUCCUGAUUAUAUCCUGAAUCUGUGACCCAUUUCAUCAAAAUGGCUACAAGAGGGCUAAACAUUGGACUUGUCAUUGUCCUAGUGACCCAAUUUUGUGCAAGAACCAUGGCACAAUCUGAUACUUCUGGCUGCACCAGUGUCAUCAUCAACCUGGCUCCAUGCCUGAAUUAUGUGUUAGGGGCCUCUCAACUCGAUCUUCUUCGUGCUGCUUGCAACUCGCCAGCAUAAUUAAAUCACAGCCUACAUGUCUUUGCUCAUUGCUUAAUGGCGAGGCUUCAUCUCUUGGUGUUACAAUCGACCAGACUCAGGCUCUGGCCCUUCCUGCUGCUUGCAAUGUGUAGGCUCCUCCUAUUAGUGAAUGCAAUGGUAAUAGCUCAUUUAGCCCAAUUCCAAAACAGAAAACGUUGCAUUUUGUAUUGAAAUGUAUGUUUAGAACUCAUUGGUUUAAUUAAUUUUUUUUGCAACUGUGGUUGCACCAGCAGCUUCUCCUCGAGGAUCCAAAAUAGCCCCAUCAACUGGAGGAAGCUCAGUUAGGGUCAAUGUCAACUCAUACUUUCAGCUCGUCCUUAUUUUCCUAUGCUGUAACCUCUGGAAAAUUCUAAUGAUGCCUAUGUGCUUGUACUGUUGCCAUAUAAGAUCUUAUAAUGUAGAUGAACUGGCGUGUUGUUCCAGCAUUAUGUAAUCUGUUUUAUUAAGUUUUUGUGGUUUGCUUAAUAUAUAUGUAUGAGUGAUUUCUCAAACUAUGACUAUGCUUUUCCCUCAUUAUACCUUGCCAUGUAAGACUUCUGGCUACAUGCCAAGAGAAUAAACCUUUGAUUUGUGU